AGUCAGUCUCUCACAGGUGACUGACGGUCUGCUUAUCGACCUAGAACAGCAAUGAACUUAAGUUAUAAACUAAUGUUCUUCAUCUCCAUGAAAUUGGAAAGAGGGAAGAAUAUUUAAAGAACAACCGAAGCUUUCCAAAGCUCUCUUUUCAAAUGCCAUCCGCUCCGAAGAUGAGAGAAGAGAAAGACAAUGGAUUUGUUUACAAGCGGGACUGUGUGUCAUCUGUCGGGGUUGAGUAAAAUCUAUGGUUUUACCAGAUAAAACAUUCAUUUUUAGUGGGCAGAGGAGCCUGAAGAAAAGCGGUGGAGUGUGACCGUGACUAGAUGAGUGUCGCUCGGGCGCGCACUUCAUGAGGGGAGAUGGAGACGCUGUUCUGGAGACUUCCAACAUUUCUGUUUCUCGCCUUAUUGUGGGUGUUUUCAGGUGAUUCUCAGUGGGUGGAGAUGCCACGAAAAGACAUGGAGGGAGUCGUGGGCCAAAUGGUUGUGCUGGAAGCCUGGUACACCCCUACCAGUGCCAUAGAGAAAAAUACAGUCAUCUGGACCUUCAUGGCCAAUAACACAAAACAAAUCAUUUCUUACUCCUCGGGACUGAUCGGCAUCGGCAGCACUGACUUUCGGAGGCGGGUGGGCUUUGCCACGUCCAUGCCCUCUGCCAAUCUUUCCAUCUACAUCAACAAGACACAGGAGUCGGACUCAGGACGCUACCUAUGCAACGUCAUCAUCCCUGGAGCUCCCGGCAUUUGGGGAGAACUAAGUCUCAAUGUUAAAGUACCUCCAUCUACUCCUGUGUGCUCUAUAUCUGGAGACGCUGUAGUGAAUGGCAAUGUGACACUGAGCUGUAAAUCCAGCAGUGGCAAACCGAUUCCUCAAUACAAGUGGACCAAAGCAGCUCCUCUCUCAGAGGUCUUCUUCUCUCCCAUGCAAAACGAGAGGCAAGGCACCCUGCGACUCAGCAACCUCACCAAAAACAUGUCCGGCAAGUAUGUCUGCCGUGCAAGCAACACAGCUGGGACGGAAAGCUGCCACAUCAAUUUAGAGGUCUCCACCUCUAAUAACGCGUGGGUCAUCGCUGGUGCUGCAGUGGGCUCUGCGGUGGGACUGAUGGCUCUUGUCUUAUUCCUGAUCUUUAUCCUGAAGAGGAACCAUGACACAGAGGAAGAGAUGUCCAAUGAUAUCAAGGAGGACGCACAGGCCCCUAAACGUGUUUCCUGGGCAAAAAGCGGCACAGGAUCAGAUAUCAUAUCUAAGAAUGGCACAUUAUCCUCCAUUGCAAUAAGUCCCCCUCCGCUGGACCCUCACCAACAGCCCAACAACCAUUACCCAUAUUCUCCAGGAGCCUCGGACACCGCCUCCUUUCUCACUGCCUCUGGAAGCACCACCACCUACCGCCUCCAACCAGGAGAGACCAACCCACUUCACGGCCUGCCUGGGUACAAUGUGACCAGCACUGUCAAUCACACACAGCAACAUCAUCGUCUUCACAAUUCCACGGGUCUCAGUCCCAACAGUUUAUCCACAAACAGGACAGAGGGGCCACAGCCACAGGCCCCACGCUCGCUCAACAUAGCUACAAAGACUGGUACGCUGUCUCGAAUGGGGUCCGUGCCAGUCAUGGUGCCCACCCAGAACCACACAGGUUCACUAGUGUAGCGUACAGAGAACCCCAUGUCAACUUAUGUGCUAAAGACUUAAAACUCAGCCAAAUGUAUAUAAGGAUGUUUAUUUAUAAAUGGUGGGGAUUCAUAAAUAUGAAUAUGUCAUUUUAUACAUUAAAGUACAUGAAGUAGCAUAAAACAUUUUUUUUUUAUUAUUUGUGUUUUUUAAUAUGAAUAGUGUUUUGAUACCUAAACACUGAUUUUUUUUUGCUGUCUUUUCAAACUGACUGACAGCAGCAAUUUUUAUUUAUUUUACAAAAAUAGUACAAAUAUAAUUUGUCUCACAAUGUGUUGUACAUAAAUAAUGUCUGAUGUUAUCAAGGCACACAGACAUAAUUAAUUAAAUGUUUCUUCAGACUGUUACAUAAUGUUUUGAGGAUUAUCCGGAUAUUUAGGCCUAGUUGUUUCUUUAAAAUUAUAUUAAUUCUCGUCUAGUACUUCAGUAUUGGCUUUUUGCCUAUUGUGCCUCUCUCUGUUUCUCUCAGGAGUUUUCUCUUAUGGCAUCGUAAAUGGAAAGAUUUGGUGACAGUGGUGUUUGGUUUCUGUUAAACUGUUCUGUGGACGUUAGAGGAGAGAAAAUAUAGAUCUUUAAAAUAAAAAAACAGCCCAUCAAAAUAUUGUCCUAAGAUAUAGCAUAGAUAAUAAAAGCAUAUAUGUGUUGAUGAUGAUGUAUGAGAAACUAGCCUUGUGGUUUAAUGACUUGAAUGUGUGAGGCAGGGGUUCAUCAUUUUUUUAUAUUUUGAUUUUUGUAUUCAUACUGAAUGUUGUACUGCUGUGCAAUGAAUACUGGGUUAAAUGCUCUGUUAUUAGGUCAUGCCUUGUCCUAUUGGAUGCAUUUGGUAUCAUAUAGAAUAUAAAGUGUUGUGAUAUAACUGUCCACAUGAUGGAAGCAGAGAGGUAAGAAAAAGGAUGAGAGUUGGAAAUUUCUCAGUGAGGUUUAAAAGAAAUGUUUCAAUAAUA